GAUGAAAUAUCUUUAAAUUAAUACGGUACUGAGGCUCCCACAGCGUUUGCUCAAUGCGCACGCCCGGAAAUUCUCUGGAUCUCCCAGCACUGAUGCUACCCUCGGUCUACGUACCGAAAGAAUAAGCGAACUAAUCACUUUCGUCACCACUAAAAUACGAGGAGUUUGUAACCCCUGUUCAGUGACUAUUUCACGUGGCACGUGUGUUUUGAGACAAGAAUUUGCCAAAGAAACUUAAAACACAAGAGCGAGUAAUGUCAUUACGAUUCUGUCCAAAAUGUAGUGAUCUUCUUUCAGUAGAACAAGGUCCUACAGGGUUGCGGUUUGCAUGUUCUACGUGUCCUUUUAUUCAUAAUAUCACACACAAGAUCACCACGCGCACUUACUACAAGCGCAAGGAACAAGUUGAUGUGUAUAGCUCUGAUUCAGCAUGGGAAGGUGUUGAUGCUACUGAUGAGCGUUGUCCACGGUGUUCGCAUCCCCGCGCUUACUAUACGCAACUUCAGACUCGUUCUGCUGAUGAACCUAUGACUAUUUUCUAUAAAUGUUGCGACCCCAAGUGUAUGCAUUCCUGGCGGGAAGGUUAACCUCUCAGCAAAUAGAUUUACUUACAUCCGAAGUAUCAUGAAUCCUACCACAAUGGGCCCUGUAAAAGAACAUAUGGAUAAUGCCAAAGCAGAACUAAAAUUAAUUCCUGAAACAGAAAAACAUUGGCUGUGUGGUGGUAAUAGAAGUAUUGGCAUAGCAGCA